AUGGACAAUCAACAGCUAAAAGUGUUCGGAGUGAUUGUGGCUGGUCGCCCGAUCCAAACAGAUUUUGUUCAAAUGAGCAGAACGGAAUUUGUUAUUGAGGUAGCUGAUUCUGGUUCAGUGAAUCAUGUUGUGGUGUUCUUGACAGGCGUUGCACCAUUUCCUGCAGAUACUGGCGGCACCGUUUAUAUUCGGUGGCCGAAAAUCGGAACGGAAACGAACUGGCAUUACCUCGGAUACAUUGCAAAUGAUAAGCCGAGUGCUAUAUUUCGAGUUGCUCAACUUCAUAAAAUGAAUGCUGUACAUGGUGGUCUAUUCAUAUCGAACUUGCCGAAGAAUGGAAAUGCAGCUGGCAAUGCUCAGAUUGGUAUCAGUGUAGAACCGCUUGCACUUAUUGCAAGUAAACUUCCUACUGAAGGAGCAACAAGUAGUCAGCAGUCAUCAUUCAUGGAGUUCACAGAGAAGAUGUUGCAAAAUUUUAUUAACCAUCUGCAAUCAUUUGCUGUUCGUUUACCUCGGCCAGCAAAUCCUGGGGAAUCCACAGAUUUUAUCCCAGCUUCUGCGGUGCAGAACUGGUACACCAACUUUUCCCGACGUUUACAACAAAAUCCGGAAUUCUGGAAAUGCCUUUUAUGA